UGAAGGGGCUGGAUGAAGGGUGGUGGUUCGCUUUUUAAUGAGUGGUGAAGUCGCUUUACUAAAUUCCCGUCUCCACCAACUAACCUGCUCCUCAUCCAAUGUCUUUUUUUCAUUUCUUGACUCCCCUAAUCUCACUAAUGUACAAGUACAACAUGACCAUUUUAAUUGGACUCUCGAAUUCGUGAUUCCUUCCCCCACCUCUUUCUCUCUCUUUCUCAAUUGCAUUGCAAUAAGGCGAGCUUGUGUGCUAUUCUAGAACGCAAGUUUCAAGAUAGCUAUGGGGCUUGUAUUUUUUCUUGUGAAAAAUUAGUGAGUGAGCAUAAUGUUUUCUGAAGGAUUGGGGGCAGACGAAUCCCUUUGUCAAGAUGUCCAGAGUUUGAGCGUGUCCAAGCGUCUUGUGAGGAGUGUCAGCCAGAAGCUGAGAAAGAAGAAUAACAGAAGUGCGGGGGAAGAAGAUGAUGAUCUGAAGGGUGUUGCUUUAAGAUGCCUAACUCUGUACAGUCGAGGUGGGGGCUGCAAGGUAGGCGCCGACACCAGUGAUGAAUUCAGUGAUUCAAAUGGUAGGAGGAGAUCGAGUGCCAGUGAAGAGGGUAGGGGAUAUAAACCUAUUUGUGGCCCUGAAGAAACUGCCGUGGAUUGUUUCUCGUAUGGGGUGAGGGACAUAUUUUGGCGGAGACACUCUAGAAAGAAUUCUGAAAUUGAAGAAUUGGCUGCAAAUACUAGAAUGCAUAUCUUUCUCCCGGACGAUGUUCUGGAAAUGUGUUUGGUCCGGCUCCCGUUGACAAGUCUCAUGAAUGCUCGCCUUGUGUGCAAGAAAUGGAGGGCAUUGACUACCACUCCUAGAUUCCUCCAAAUGAGAAGAGAGGGUUCAUAUCAAAAUCCAUGGCUGUUUCUGUUUGGUGCAGUUAAAGAUGGCUUUUGCUCUGGGGAGAUACAUGCAUUGGAUGUGUCUAUGAAUCAAUGGCAUAGGAUAGAUGCCGAAUACCUAAGGGGAAGGUUCUUGUUCUCUGUUGCCAGUAUACAGGAUGAUAUCUUCAUUGUUGGAGGAUGUUCUAGCUUGACCAGCUUUGGGAGGGUGGAUAGGAGCUCAUUCAAGACGCACAAAGGGGUGGUCGUAUUUAGUCCCUUGACGAAGUCUUGGCGUAAAAUACCAUCUAUGAAAUAUGGAAGAUCAGUUCCUAUAUUAGGAGUUUCUGAGGUCAGUUCGGAUUUCCCAACAUGUCAAGGUCAUCAAAGCCGGCAGGAUAGACGUCCAAGAUCAAGGAUCGGUGGGGUGUCGGACGUCUACGAGGAUCCUCAUAAGCUCUCAAUGAGACGUCAUUGCAGAUCUUCUUUCAAUGAGAGUGAAGCUUCAUCUGUUACCAGUAGAAGGACAUACAAAUUCCUUAGACAAAAGAGUGAUCAUUCAAGUUCAAAGGGAAGUAGAAGAGUUUUGCUGAUAGCCGUAGGAGGUCUGGGAUCAUGGGACGAGCCUCUGGACUCUGGAGAAAUAUAUGAUUCUGUAUCAAAUAAAUGGACUGAAAUCCAGCGAUUGCCUUUUGAUUUUGGGGUUGCAUGUUCUGGAAUUGUUUGUGGCAAGAUGUUUUAUGUUUAUUCCGAGACGGACAAGCUUGCGGCUUAUGAUGUUGAACGGGGAUUCUGGAUAUCAAUUCAAACCUCUCCAUUUCCGCCGCGUGUUCUUGAAUACUACCCCAAACUUGUAUCUUCCGAUGGCCGUCUUUUCAUGCUAUCUGUGUCCUGGUGUGAAGGGGAUGGUCAAAUCGGGCGCCGGAACAAGGCUGUUAGAAAAUUAUGGGAGUUAGAUCUCAUGUAUCUUACCUGGACUGAAGUCUCAGUGCAUCCUGAUGCCCCAAUGGAUUGGAAUGCAGUAUUUGUGGCAGACAAAAGCCUUAUUUUUGGGAUAGAGAUGUUCAAGAUAUUUGGUCAGGUGUUGGAUUUUUUCACUGUAUGUGAUGUGUCUGAUAUGGCAUGCUGGCACCAUAUUUCAAGGAAUCAUGUCACUCAUGAGCUGGAUGCUUCUUCUUGCUUGACCAAAACUGUGGCAGUGCUACAUCUUUGAAAUCCUUAGCUUACAUGCAUGCAUUUUUACUUUGUAUUUGGCUGCACAUAAUUUUAUACGGGCAAGUCUACUGAACUUUGCAGGUUCUCUGUUUCAGGGUUUCUUAUGUACCUUAUUUAAUUCAUUUCACACCAAUCAUAAAGUUGAAUUCCUCCCUUUGGCUUUGCACUUGUAUUUUUCUGCUAUCCAUCAAGUUCCUGGAAUUAUGUGUUUGUAAGAUGAAUUCUACUCUCUUUUAUUCCUUGGUCUUCUAAAUUCAUUUAUUAGUUCACCAAUCAACCUCAUUUUGUCUUUUAGUA